UGGUUCCCUUUAGUUUUUCAGCUGAUCGCGCUUUCCACGGCCGUGUCGCAGACUGUCCCGGUGUGUCAUGUGCGAAACUGUCGCAGCGUAGUGAAAUAGUCGAGUGUUUGUGAUUUGUGUAGUUUUCGGGUUAGCUAGUGGCAGUGAAAAUGUUUUCAGGACUUACUAAUCAGGUUAGUUCGUGGAUGGGGGCCGCGAAAGGGGAGCCCCAGGACGAGGAAGUCCCGACCCCUACGAAAGAAGCGACAGGGGAACCUACGGCGGAAGGCGAAAGACAGAGCCCAACAAAAGGAGCCAGCAAGCUCGAGCUCCUCACAAACGUACAGUCCAAAAUGACCGGCUGGCUCGGAUCCGGAAUCCCGAUCCCCGGGCUCCGGAAAAACGAGGCUCCCACCGAUACAGCCGAGCCAGCUCCAGAGCCAGCAGAACCAGCAGAACCCAAGCCGGAGAAAGACGAUGAUGAUAACUCUAGGUAUAAUAGCGCUACCGGAGGCGCAGACAGCAGACCCGCUUCCACGGGCGGCACCCCUACCGAGGAGCAGCCUCAGGGCGUCGGUAAUGAAACCUCCGGCAAAAAGUUGUUGUCGAUUGACGCCAUCGAAGUACCUGAUAUGCAGGAGCUGACGACGAAGGCGGUAGCUGGGGCCAAGUCCCUCGGGAACUUCCUGUACUCGGCCGUCAACAAAGCGGGAGCCAAGGUCAGCGAGGCCAGCGCCAAGAUCAAGAAGACCGUCGAGGAAAACAGCAUCUUGGGCGAAUUCAACAAAGAGCAAGACGCGUUCAUCAAGGGGCAGGCGGGUACCGGCGCCGCGGCCGUCGCGCCGUGGGUCGGAGCACCCAACGAGGCCGCGCUCAAGGAGGAGUGCCUCUCGUUGUCCACUGACCGAAGGAACUUCGUGCGCGCGCCACCCGCCGGCGUGGAGUUCGAGUUCGACUACGACAAGAUGUACCCUGUAGCCACCGCCAUCAUGGCCGAGGACUCUAACCUCGAGAAGAUGCGCUUCGACCUCGUGCCUAAAGUCAUCACGGAGGAGAACUUCUGGCGGAACUACUUCUACCGCCUGUCGCUGAUCUGCCAGGCCAACGAGGCGGACGCGGUGGCCGCCGGCUCUCGUCAGGCCAGCGCCGACGACUCCCAGGCUUAAGCAACGCAUGGACUACGGGGCAUCACUUAUAACACCAUUGCACGGUUCUUAUUCACUAUAGGCUCUAUAUGACAAGUAUAUAUUAGUGUUACUCUGUACCAGCCUGUCGAUAAGAUAUGCCGGGGAUCAUAUUUCUAAUUUAUGUUUAUCAUCGUAUUUUUUAAAGCAUACAUUUGUUUGAGGUUAAGGAUGUCACUGAUGCUAGUUUUGAUUUCAAAAGACGUAUUGAUCCUGAAUUAAACAGUUCCCAGGGAAAACGAUGUAAAUUAAAUAAAGCUUGCGUUUUUUACGUCGUGUGAAAAUAGCGUCACUUUUGAUCUCGCCCUACGGUGGGGAGGACUGACAAUGAUAAGAUAGCCAAGACAAGGUGAAAAUGGAAGAUUUUUAUAAGUGACAACUUUAACUUAAUAUUGACUGGGUAUACCCUGAAAGCUAAACGUUAACUCCAAAGUUAUCCAGACGCGUUAUGACCGAAAUGUGUAAUGCUAAACCAAUUUGCGCUAUACAGCAAUGUUUGGCAUAGGACUUGGUGUAACGUCGUUAAAAAUUAAUUGACCAUUCAUAAACCUUAUGGUAACGAAGUAGGGCGUUCUCAAUAGAAGUUUUUCCGCGCUGGCGCAGCAAGUUGCCAAAUGUGCCCUGUAAAAAUACUGUACCUACACACGAACUGUAUGCGUCAGUCUGAAAUCUCAAAGGUAUAAAGAAAAUAACAUGUAAAAAAAUGUUUAAAUACAUAUUUCAUAUGAGUACAAUAAGAGCUUUGGGUAGAGAAUAUGUACUGGAGUAUGUUAUCAAUGCUUUUAGGUAAACCCAGUCUGUGGUACGGGCCUAAGAAGAGCCUUAGGAAUACUGAAUAGAACCGGCAAUCCAGUCGAGGCUUCGAGGCGAAGUGUACUUGCGAUGUUAGGCUCUUCACGUGUAAGGUUCGGUUAGGUCGAAUAAUGCCAUAGUAUAAUCAAAAUGAUGGCGGGGCCACAUCUUACUUUAUUAUAAUACAAGGACGCUAACCACGAAGAAUUUACGUUACGGUCAUGUGAGGUCACUUAUAGAUUCCGAGAUUUCACUGUGACAAAAUACAAAGUGGCCAAGGUUCACGAUUUUCACACAUUAUUACUUAACUUUACUGGUACUUAACCAUACUUAAACUUACAUCCGACUUCGUUCCGAGGACGGGAUUAUCCCCGUGGAGGAGUCUCUCUGACCACCACGGCGACAAUGUCGUCCUCGAGACGUCGGAGGUUAUUUUUAAAGUAUACGCGAACUACAAUCUAAUGGAUAUGUAUUUUUAUUGAUUUAAUAUCAAAAAACCCCAGUCAAUUUGGACACCACAGACAAGAUAAUUAUAAUGUUAUUAUUGCAAACACAAUUAGGGCGGCGUGUAUGUAUUAAUGACUUUUUAAAAUGACGAAACGUUUAAAUAAUUCGUUUGGUUGGGGAAAAUAUAUUCAAUGGAAUAUAUUUUAUCAAAUUCGCUAUAUAAGAAGUUUACGCACAGUCACGUUUGGUAUAAAUUCGGUCUCUUAAUACUAGUUUGAUAUUUCGUGUAAAUCGUAUCAUUAUUUAGAUAAUCAUACAGUGAAAUAAGUAAACAUGUAUAGACGUUUAAUUGCACUUUAGUGUAGAUAAUUUGAAUCACACGAAAAAAACAUAUAACUGCGACAAUUGUAUAAGAUGGCAUUAUUCUACCAAACCUCUAUCACUGUUUCACUGUUAAUUCUAUCACACUAUGAUUUAUGCAUAUAUAAAGAAACUAUUGCUGUUCGAUUGUUUAUAUAAUAUAAUAUAUCAGCUCCAUAUCUCACCGUUGUUAUUUAUCAUCAUAUAUAAUGAAUGUUAUGACAAUAUCGCUUGUCCCGCUGGACGUAACUGUAUAUAUUGUCGUGUCUUUAUAUAUCACCUGUUGUAUCACAUUAAAUAUAUAACUAGGUCUGUAUUUCAAUAGCUAUAUAAAAAAACUACAUAAAAUUUUAGAAAAAAGCUAUUGAGGUAUUCGAACUGUAUACUUGUCUAUCAAAUUUUCAAUGGAACCUAUUUUAAUGUCUACUGAAUGUUAUAUAUAUGUCUAAGUAUUGAUAAAUUCUUGUACUAAGGUUCUAUAGCUCCGACACAGUUUAGUACCGCUCAGUAGCCUCCUAAGUCCCGAUGUCUUUUAAAGGAAAAAAGUCAAGUCAAAUUUUGAGCUAUAAUGGAACUAUAGAAGGUUCCAAAUUUAAAACAGCAAAAAUGACUCCGGGUCUAAGGAGGGUAGUUCGACUAUGUUUCUGGUUUUGACAUUGCUACCCGAUUUUAAACUUUAUCGACAUCGCUUCCAACUCUGUUUUGCAUUGACGUGUGCUUUUUUGUUUCGCUUGCAUUUCUCAAAGUUGGUCUGAUUUCAACGUGUAGCAAUGUUGAAACUUUGUGUUUUGUAAAUAUGAAGUGUUGUCAGUUUUUCGAAGGGAUCGCAUACCAGCCCAGACAUGAAUAACACGCUUGUCUCUCUCUAACACUUCAGAAUGUAACUAGUGAUGUGGCCCUAAAAAUCCAAAGCUAGUCUACUUCCAUCUCUUUCACUCGAUUAUUACAAGGGCGAUAGAGAUGUAGAUAGACGAUUGAAUUUUGGAUAUAGGGCGAGCGUGCUUUGAUAAUUUCAAAUAUUAUAAAGUUCUGUGUGAUCGAGAUGCGAGUUUCCGAAGGUUACCCGUCGUAUGGCCGCGACAUAUCACGUACGUGACAGUCAAUUAAAGAAUACUGCCUCUAAAACUUCAAGGAUACAAAACUGGCUGGCAACACACUCUUCCGUAUUUCUUUUGUAAUAAAAUAUUUACAAUUAGACUAGGUCGUUACAUUGUAUCUGAGAUAUCCAGUGUAAUUAAAUUUGUGUAGAAUAGUAUUGAAGUAAAUCAUCUAUUUAUAAUAGUUAUAAGGACGGGGGGCUACGGGGGCACUAAUUUUGCAUUGUGUUUUCAGUUAUAAAAUUUCAUUUAUAUACACAAAUCAACUUAGAAUUACUAUAAUUUUCGAAUACAAAACUAAUUUGAUGAUAAAUAGCAUAAGGCAAUGUUUUAAAUUGCACGACAUUAAAAAAAAAAGAUCGCGAUACACACCCUGAAUUUCUAAGGUUUUAGGGUUGGCUCAUCUCCCCUACGCUUUAGGGUUGUCGAAUCAAUGUUAGAAAUGUGUAAGAUAUCUUAUAAUAUUUAUAUAUAUUAUUAAUAGUUGUAGUGUGCCCCCCAGCGCCCCCUGGUGUCCGCAAAGAGAAGUUACGAGCACUGGCCUACGUUCCCUCGCAGCAGUUACCCGAGCCUAAACGCGAUUACAGCGAGUGGACAGGUGGAAGGCCGAGCGAUGCGGGGUUUUGAGCAGGGGCUUACUGGAAAUGCAAGAGUUACAAAUGUGUGUCAGUUACUUCAUUGAAAGAUUUAGACUUAAAUUUUGUAAUCAGAUGUAUUAAAUGUAUUAAAUGGAUUAUAAAACUAAACUUCGUUUAACAGAAUGAAAUAAUUAUUUAUCAUGGUGCGUAUUUUGGAUGAAAAUGGCGUUGAUUAUUGGUUUAGUUGAUAUGUGUAAAUUGUACAAGCCGAAAUACAUUUUACCUACAUUUGAUGAAUUCGUAAUAAAAAUAAUUCGAAUGAUUAUUACAAAAAAAAAUGUGACAGCGUGACAAAUGUAACAACCCUAUUAAGAACGUGUAGGCCAUUAAAAAUGACGACGUCACUAAGUGAGAGUGCUAUGGCAAACACUGUUCAACCGCUCGUCCUUCCACAUGUCCAACUCGUCAAAAAUUAUAAAGUGUCUUUAAAUGUAACUAAAUAAUCUGGCUGUUGUGUGUUUUGGAUCUUCGCCGUUGUCAUUAUAUUUAAAAAUAAUAAUUUUAUAGCGUUCCGUUACCCGUUCUUCCAUGACAUUCAUGUAGGGAGGAAAUUGCUCGAACUACUUACGUAAAAUACCUUCAUAAAAAUCACCUUGUUCAAAUCCUUAUGAACUGCAAAAUGUUUUUGCUUAAUUCGGAAUGUUGAUGUGAUAAAUUUUAAUAGAUCGCAAUGUUAAAUUUUCCGCCGUUUGGUGAUCAAAGCUACUUUCAUCGGAUACUUGUGGUUCCUAGUAAUAAAAACCUAGUUUUCGUCCACACUUCGUCAAUGUCAAAUGAAGAUUGAUGACGUGCCAAGACGGGGAACCAAAUAAAAUUAACAGCUACGGAAAUUUUCCUUCAUAUAUAUACCCAAAGGAUUAAGUACGAAAAUGCGACAUGUAAAGUAAGUAAAAGUACAGCAAUUUCAUCCCUACCCUACAGUAGUACGUUAUUUAGUUUCUAAACGACUUGGAAAUGUAAUUUAGUCAGUUAGAGUAAUUUAUCAUCAGUACAUGAACAAUGUUUAGAACAACGUAAAAGUUAUUAAAUUGGCAUUAUAGUUAGUUAUUAUGAAUUGAAAUAAUUAUAUUAUUCUAAAAUA